GCGAGCGAGCGCCUCUCCUCCCGGCGGCGGCCGCCGGCCACGGCCACCGCGAUGAGCGUGUUCGGCGGGGACAGCUGGGCGCGCGACGCGCAGCAGCGGAAGCGCCGCCUCGACGACCUCAUGCUCCCCUCCUCCCCGUCCUCGUCCGCGCCCGAUUCGUUCAAGAGGCUCUCCAACGGCAAGCUCGCCUGCCUCGUCUGCCCCCACCGCCCCGUCCUCGACUCCCCUCUCAUGCUCUCCAUGCAUAAUAAAGGUUCACGGCACAUUGCAGCACAAUCUAAGCUGAGGGAGAAAGAAGUAUCAAGGCAACAAGAGAUCAACAAGAGAUUAGCUAUUUCUCCAGAAGCUUCCUUUUCAUAUUGUGGUAAUCAACGUAAUGACGUUAGGUCUAGUGAUAUGAAGGAAAAACCAUUGAUUGAGCAGACAAGACAAGCUAUUUUGGAAGCACAAUCCAGCAGAUUUAUCAUUGACCACGUCAACAAGAAAUCUCAUGAUCUGAAGAGGGCAUCAAAUUCUUCGCUGAGUGACUCCCAUGUUACUCCUAGUGCUCCAAUCAAAAAAUGGAGUGGAAAUACUGUGAAAGGAGAACUCUUUGUUGGUGACAGAACUGCAACCAAAAUGAUUGCACAGCAAAAAGAUUUCCAAAAACGCCAGGAGCAAGAGCUCAAAUUCACUGCUUCAGGAUGGAAACGAGAUGGCCAUGGAAGAUGGUACAGGGAUGAAAAUGUAGAAUUUGACUCGGACGAAGAUGAUCCCAACAUAUGCCUCGGCUAACCAUUUAAGGGCAUUUCGGAUGCAACAGGAUAAUGCGUUUGACUUUAAUCUCAAAUUGCUAUUUCAACUCCAGAUGAAAAGCAUUCUGAGUCCCUCAAAGAUUGUUGCUCAUCAGUGUUGUCAGCCUGCCAUACUCUCUGGCUACUUGUACUACAGGUAUCUUGUCUAACAGGUUCAAUGCUGGAUUAUUAGUUGUUCCAUUGUUGUUGUAUUAUCUGAUUUCCAACUUUUCCCCAGCAUUCAUAAGUUGCUGAAUAUAAUGUCCCUACCGAACUGAUUAUGGUCUUUGCGGGUGGACUAAAGCCUCUGUAAUGAACUUAUGGAACUCAAGAAACAAAGUGUAAUUCUGUUGUUACUAUAGAUUGAUAAUUUCGGAAGGCUUUCAUUUCUGGACCUGCUCUUAGCCUGUAUACAUUUAUCACAGAAGAUGACCGGCAUUUAUAAUGUUUUUGUGGGGUCAUUUUUUAUUUAGGCCACCAUGUUGUCAUUGCCUGUUUCCGCAGUAGUACAACACUGAAUUUUUUGGCCGUGAUUCAUGAAGUGAAGGAAGGGAAGUGUGCC